AUCCAGAGGCCCCGGGCGGCUGCCCUCAAAGGCUCUGGGAGUGGACUGUGGGCCUGGCCUCCUCCCCCUCUAUCUAUACAGAUCCUGGUGUCCUCCCUGAGGACGCACAGCUGGACGUAGUCAGGUGUUGUGUGUGGGCAACUCUGCCCCCAAACCAGGAGACAGCAAGCGUGCUUUCUGCACUAAGGUGACCGCUGAGCUCCUCGCCAUGUCUGAUGGAGACUAUGAUUACCUCAUCAAAUUCUUAGCUCUGGGUGACUCCGGAGUAGGGAAGACCAGUGUCCUCUACCAGUACACAGAUGGUAAAUUUAAUUCCAAAUUUAUCACCACGGUGGGCAUUGAUUUCAGGGAGAAGAGAGUGGUGUACCGAGCCAGCGGGCCGGAUGGAGCUGUGGGCCGGGGCCAGAGGAUCCACCUGCAGCUGUGGGACACUGCUGGCCAGGAGAGGUUCCGCAGCCUGACCACGGCGUUCUUCAGGGAUGCGAUGGGCUUUCUUCUGCUCUUCGACCUGACCAAUGAGCAGAGCUUCCUGAACGUUCGCAACUGGAUCAGCCAGCUACAGAUGCAUGCGUACUGCGACAGCCCGGACAUUGUGCUGUGUGGCAAUAAGAGCGACCUGGAGGACCAGCGUGUGGUGAAGGAGGAGGAGGCCAGGGCCCUGGCCGAGAAAUACGGUGUCCCUUACUUUGAAACGAGUGCUGCCAAUGGGACAAACAUCAGCCCCGCGAUCGAGGCGCUGCUGGACCUGAUCAUGAAGCGCAUGGAGCGGUGUGUGGACAAGUCCUGGAUCCCCGAGGGUGUCGUGCGCUCCAACGGCCACACUGCCGCCGAUCAGCAUGGCGAGGAGCGGAAGGGGGGGUGCAGCUGCUGAGCCCCAGAGCACAUGUGGCACAGCUGCCACACGUGGUCAUGAGCUCACGGCAAACGGCUUCCCAGCACCCCUUAGGCCUAGUAAGAAAUUGCCCGCUUUUUAAUUGUAGCAGCUUUGUCAAUUUUUCUUGAAGGUUCAGCCUGAAAAGUGGCUCCUGGGGCCCAAAGUGCCUUAUGAACCCUGGGCUCCAGGGGCAGGGGCUGGGCAGGUGUCUGCCACAUGGGGCACCUUGGCCAGGGCUCUGUCACUGGCACAGAUGCAGGCAGGCCCAGGCUCUCCUGUUAGGAGAUGAGAUGCAAUCGCAGUGCUGAAUCGAAAUUUAAAGCCUGCACCAUAGGUGACCUCGAAACCACCACCUCAGCCACUCACAGGUCAGAUGAGCACAUGCACACCUGGCCCACGGGUGUCCCCUAUGUGUACACAGCCACCCAGUGGCCCCAGCGGCUAGGCUGCUGGGACCAUAAGCUCACUGUGACUCUGUGGCACAGGGGAAUGCUUGACGCUGGGGUGGGGCUGUCUUGAGGUCCUGUCAGCCUCCCGACUGUGUUCCCGUGGCACUGAGGGCUGAAGGGAGGCGGAAGCCCAUUGUGCCUGGCGUGUGGCAGCACUGGCCUCAGCUCACGAGCUGCCGACCUGCCCCCAGUGCCGCACUCCCUGCUGGCGUUCACAGUGUAACUUUUCGAGUUGCAACCCAAGGGUCAGUGCUGGUGACAGCAGUGCAGCUGCCGAGGGUCAGAGGUCAGAUGCUCACAGGUCUCUAAGCAGCCACUUGUGCUCACCCACACCCGGGGCAAGGACAGGGCAGGCCCAUGGCUGCUCUCAGUGUGCCUCCAGGUUACCAAAGGUUCACAGCAGGGAAGGCUGUGGGCAUCGAGAUGGUGGUCUGUGAGGUCCAAAGUUAUUUCAUUUAGGGGAAAUUCUUAUUUAUUAAAGUGGUUUAAAUAAAGUCGAUUGAAAUUUCCAGUGCUUUAGUGAUUACUUAGGAAAAAAUGUCUCUUGCUAUAAUUUAGUGAAAACUCAGAAUGAAGGUCUCUUAUGGCAGCAGGUGUUCAGAACUGUGGUUAGAAAGCUGCAGGUGUCUAGCAGCUGCUCCUGCACGAUGACUUGCACCUGGCUUUUUAUCGCGCCCCUAUAGGGUUCUGGCUGCUGCCCCUUGCCACUCCUCUAGCAAACUGAGCCAUGAAUACUGAGAUUUAAUAUUUUUCUGUCCCAUUCUAAAUACCAAGGAAACCAAGGAAGCCACGGAAGCCCGUGCUCUGCGUUGUCUUGUGGUGAGGGAAAGACAAGCGUUUAGAGGCAGGGCCAGGGUCAUACAUGGUGCCCUGCGCUGUCCCAAGACAUUUGCAGAGCACGUGCUUAUGCCACGGGUGUUCUUAUGCCAUCAGACCCACAACAGUGAGUCACAUUUCUAUCUCCAAGAGCCAGGAGACAGCUACGGGCCCGACUGGCCAUAAAUGCUGGGUGAAUAAAGGUCCACGUGGCACAGUACCCCAAGCUCCCUCCAGUUAUCAAAAAAAAAAAAAAAAAAAAAAAAAAGACCUGUAUCUGUUUUGAAAAGCAUGUUUAAAUUUGAUAUGUUAGUGUUUUUCUAUUUACAAGCCUGUGUAAAAAAGUGUCACGAAUUUUGUGCCAAUAAAGCUAUGAUUAAAAAGGC